AGUGAGGGAGAGCUCAGGCAUGGAUUCCGAGUCCAGACUGGUGUAAGUGGAUAAAACCGUCGUCUCUUCUCUUCUCGACGACGCCAACAACCUUAUGGAAGUCCCCGCCCGUCUUUCUGCUCCGGCUCCCGUUCCCCGAACUCUUCUGUUCCCUGUAACGAAGCUCGGUGGGAGUCAAAGGCUAUUUCGGUACGCGAGAAAUUCAUGGAAGAUGAGAAAUCUUGUUGUCAGAGCCGGUCCUAAGAGGAUUUCUUUUGGUAAAGAAUGCAGAGGGGCAUUGCUAGCUGGUAUUGAUAAAUUAGCUGAUGCUGUUUCUGUCACGUUAGGACCCAAAGGACGCAAUGUUAUUCUCUCAGAAAAGGAAACGCUUAAAGUGGUUAAUGACGGUGUUACAAUUGCUAAAGCUAUUGAGCUUUCGGAUGCAAUUGAGAAUGCAGGAGUGGUGCUGAUCCAAGAGGUUGCUAGUAAAAUGAAUGACUUGGCUGGAGAUGGAACCACCACUGCAAUAAUUUUGGCACGUGAAAUGAUCAAAUCUGGAUUAUUGGCAGUUUCCUUUGGAGCUGAUCCGGUUUCAUUAAAGAAAGGAAUGGAUACGACUGUAAAGGAGUUAAUCGAGGUCUUAAAGAAGAAAAGUACUCCUGUACAAGGAAAAAAUGAUAUUAAAGCUGUUGCGAUGAUAUCUUCUGGAAAUGAUGAAUAUGUGGGGAACUUGAUUGCUGAAGCUAUAGAAAAGAUCGGCCCUGAUGGUGUGAUUUCAAUCGAGUCGUCCAAAUCCUCAGAAACUUGUGUAAUAAUAGAGGAAGGAAUGAAGAUUGAUAAAGGUUACAUGUCACCUCAGUUUGUUACAAAUCAAGAUAAGUCUAUUGUGGAGUUUGACAAUGCAAAAGUCCUAGUAACCGAUCAAAUAAUUUCGACUGUCAAAGAAAUCAUUCCUUUGUUGGAAAAGACCGUACAACUUAGUCUUCCUCUGCUGAUAAUUGCAGAGGACAUCUCGAGACAAGUUCUAGAAACUCUAGUGCUGAACAAGGUACAGGGUUUAGUUAAUGUGGCGGUUGUAAAAUGUCCUGGGCUUGGUGAAAGAAAGAAAUCUCUAUUGCAAGAUAUUGCACUAAUGACAGGUGCUGAUUUUCUCUCUGGAGAUUUGGGUCUAGGACUCGAGGGUGCAACAUCAGACCAGCUUGGAAUUGCUAGGAAAGUAGUUAUAACAUCUAAUUCAACUACAAUAGUUGCAGAUCCCUCUACUAAAGCUGAAAUUCAAGCAAGAAUUUCACAGAUUAAGAAGGAUCUUGUUGAAACAGAUAAUUCCUACCUCUCGAGAAAACUUUCGGAGAGGAUUGCUAAGCUUUCUGGUGGAGUUGCUGUCAUCAAGGUGGGAGCACAUACUGAGGUGGAACUUGAAGACAGGAAACUCAGAAUUGAGGAUGCAAAGAAUGCGGUAUUUGCUGCCAUGAAUGAAGGCAUUGUUCCUGGCGGAGGUGCUACCUAUGUUCAUCUCUCUGAAUUUCUUCCUACCAUAAAACAUUCAAUGGAAGAUCGAGACGAGCAGAUCGGUGCCGAUAUUGUGGGCAAGGCACUUCUUGCACCAACAAAAUUCAUUGCAAGUAACGCAGGCGUUGACGGAGUAGUUGUUGUGGAGAAAACUCGAGCCUGCCAUUGGCGACAUGGGUAUAACGCAAUGGCAGACAGGUAUGAAGAUCUUAUUAAUGCUGGUGUAUUAGAUCCUUGCCUUGUUUCAAGAUGUGCACUUCAGAUUGCAGCCUCAGUUGCUGGGAUCAUUUUAACGACUCAAGCCAUAAUGGUGGACAAAAUAAAGAAACCAAAGCCACCCGUUCCUCAUGUUCCUGGAAUAUCUCCAUGAACGCAAAGAAAAGAAAAAUAGACGUCCCGGGAGUUGACAUGAAAACACGAGAGAUCCGCCAUGGCUUCUCUGCUAAGCUUCUGAGCUUGAGUUGAAUAAGGUAAAGGUUUAAGUAGCUUUCAUGUUGUUAUGAAGCAUUAGAUUAGGGAAAGCUCCCAUUUUCACCUGUGGCUGAUAAUAUGAUGAAGGAAUUUAACUUAUAGGAACUGGGUUUAGCUCGUCUAGUUUUCAUCUGCUCGUUCUUGCAAGAAAAUACUGAUAGCAGAAAAGUUUGCCCCUGUUUUCUUAUUACCACAGUUUUGGUAUUGUUAUUAGGGUUUCUCUGUUGUAAAAUAUCAACAUUUUGUAACGACAGUUCCAUUAUCUUUCAUGUCCGUAGAAAUGUGAGCAUCUGGUCGUUCUGGGCCAAAA